GUGCGUCAGUAAAUGCAUAUGGACUUGAAAGUAUUGGUUCUCAGGCACAGAUGCUUGGCUGAACAGGUGAAAGAGAAGCAAAAUUCUGCUGACGCACCUGUCCUGGACCUGGACCUGACCCUCCCACCUUCUCUCCGUCACUCCUGAGAGAAAGAUAUCCGUCCUGUCCCAGUCCCGGACCUCCAAGCCACAGGAAAAAUGGGCAACAUGGCAACAGAGAUUGUUGCUUUUCUCCUGACCAUCUCAGGGUGGAUUCUGGUGUCGUCCACCCUCCCAACAGACUACUGGAAGGUGUCCUCUGUGGAUGGAACGGUCAUCACCACAGCUACCUUCUGGUCCAACCUAUGGAAAACAUGUGUGACUGAUUCCACCGGUGUGUCCAAUUGCAAGGACUUUCCUUCAAUGCUGGCUCUGGAUGCCUAUAUCCAGGUGUGCCGGGGUCUGAUGAUCACCUCUGUAUGUCUGGGUUUCUUUGGUGCCAUCCUCGCCUUGAUAGGAAUGAAGUGCACAAAAAUAGGAGGCUCGGAGACCACCAAGGCUCGUCUGACCAUCCUCUCGGGCUUCCACUUCAUUCUCAACGGCCUCUGCUCCAUGACUGCAUACUCUAUAUAUGCUCACAGGAUCACAACCGACUUCUUUGACCCACUCUUUGUAGCCCAAAAGUUCGAGCUGGGAGCAGCUCUCUUCAUUGGCUGGGCUGGAUCUGUGCUGUGUAUCCUUGGUGGACUUAUCUUCUGCCUCUCCUUGUCUGAGGGCUUCAGUGUCAGGCAUGUUGCUUGA